GCAUCCUGGCGUGAAAGCUACCCUUUUCUUUUCAAUGAGUAGCCACCAACCCCAAGCAAUCCAUCCGUCAUACUUAAACGUGAUCGUAUCUCACCGAGAUCAACCAACCGUUUUGGGUGGUGCUCAGAAAAUAUUUUUGACAAGAUCAACAUCGAAGUGACGCAUGAUGGGCUUUCAACGCUUGACAGGGACAGUAACGAGAACACUGGUUGCAAUUAUGGGUAUUGUUUAUGGAGCAUGGCGAAGAAAAAUAAAUGCGUUUCAUCCCAACCAAUCAUCAAGAGUGGUGGCUGGAGUUGGAUACAUUGCUCGCCACGGUCAAAUGCUGUUGCGUUGCGAGAAAACAAGAACGGAGAGUAGCUCGGUACAAACUUUGCUGAAUCCAAUCAGUAAACGACGAAUACAUCUGGGAGGUACGAUACGACACACAAAACAAACAAAAAUUUACAUCUUGCAUCUUCAAUCUCUCGAAGUCUUCAGUAUAUAAAUCAAUCACUCAACUUCUCGUUUUCCUCAGGACCGAAAUAUAGAGAGCUAAUGGGUGAAGGCGGAUGGGUCCAGCACCGAGGGACGUUGGAGCGUAUCGAUUUGGAAAUGUUAAGCCGAUACCAACAGAAUAGCUUGUCUGGAGAUGAUGUGACAAUACCUGCUUUCACCGAAGAGAGUAAUACCGAUGACAACUGGUAUAGUAUUACACCAACUAUUUUGCGAUGGGAAGAAACAUUUUCCGCUCAAGUAGGCAAUACUUCUGGUGCGCAAAAAGCCUUAGAAAAAAAACUUGAAAACAUCCAUCGAGAAUUACUCUUUGUCAACAAGCCUUCGGGGCUCCUUAGCGUUCCGAGUCGAUCUCUGAACGACUGCCUCGCAACAAAGCUUCAGUCGUCGUACCCAGGUUCCAAACCAUGCCAUCGAUUAGACCGAGACACAUCAGGAAUAGUCUUAUUUGGAUUAACAUAUGAUGCGCACCGCGACAUAUCGAUGCAGUUUGCGGCUCGAACGACUUCAAAAACGUAUGUUGCACUUGUUGCUGGUCGUCCAGAGAAAGAUCAUGGAACCGUGAACUUGCCGAUAGGAAAGACAAGGACUGAAGGAGGUUUCAACCGUUGGACGAUCGGGGGUUAUAAACCAAGGGAUUCUGUCACCGAGUGGAGCAUUGACAAAGUUUUCAACGACGCCACAACGGGUGCGGUGUUUACGAGAGUGAGAUUGAAACCAAUAACAGGGAGAGGCCAUCAAUUGAGAUUGCAUAUGAAAGCGAUUGGUUGCCCUAUCCUAGGGGACACAAUUCACGGCGAAGGCAGCAUAGCUAUGUGCUCAUCUAGAUUAUGUUUGCAUGCACAAACUCUGGAGGUUGAUUGGGAUGGUUUAAGGCUGAAAGCGGAGAGCGUGCCUCCGUUCUGAUAAACCAGAAGAAUAAUAAUAAAAUACGCCGCUGCUUUUGAUGUAGAAAAUACAUCCACGGCGUGAGCCCUGAGAAGUUGUAGUACACGAAAAUACGAGUAACUCGUCGUUCGAUAUAGAAAUUUAAACUACAGUGGAAAUGAAGACACUGAUGGACU